AUGGAAGGGCCGGGACCUGCAUCGGCAGAACACGCAACGAACCACCACGCGUGGGACAAUGCUCUGCCAGGGGAGAUUGGAGGCCAAGACAAGCUUCACUGGGAUAGCGCGUACGUUAAAGGAGGUAGACGGCGCUCAGCAGGAGCGCUUCGUGGAGGAAUCUUCUGGGCUUUGCUGUCUGUGCUCAUUCCCGCUUUGAUAAUUUCAGCAUUGCGGACAAUAUGCAGAGCUUCAGUGUCUGCCUCCACCAACGGAAUGGCAGGAGCGUCGACUCGCAGGCUGUCGGACAACAGCCGAAGUAGCCAAGAAGAUAGAACUAUAUCACGACUCAUAGAAGAGUGCGCAGCUAUGGAGGCGGACCUGGGACUCCCCUUAGUCCAAGAAAGCUAUCCAGCUCAAGAGCUGGACGAAACUGAACAGGUUAGAAGGAUUGCCUUCUCUUUGUAUCAGGAGAGCUUAGCUUUUGAGCAGCAGGUUCUACAAUCCCAACCAGCGGUCUACGGCAAUGCCAGUUAUUUGACGCCCUCCCCUGCCAGGAUGCAUUUUGAACACCAGCAUGCGCAGGGGGCAGUGCCCAUGACAGUCCCGCAAUAUGUUGAUUACGGUCCCCAGCAUGUAACUACUGACUUGACGGCUUCAGAAUUUCAGCCUGGAGUUAUUCCGCAUGAAGCUUUGGCUUCCUCUCCCCAGCCUCAUAGUGGAGUUUCUCUCCCUCGCCUUCCCGGCACCCAACCUUUCUCUGCAGAUUCCUCGCCUUUUCUGUGGUCCCCUCAGGGUGCGUUUGCUAGCCCCCAACACAGUGAUUCAGCUCCCGAGCCUCAUGCGGGUCGCCAGUCCCUCGUUGAAGCUCCCCUUCCCGUUGGCUUGCUUACUCAGACUGCAGCACUGUUGCCUCAGAAUGUUGCACGACCUAGCUUAGGGGAGAAAAUCUAUGUAGGAAGACCAGGGGAGGCGUAUUCACUUGAACCUGAUUCCUGGCUGGAAAGUGUGCCAGUGAUCGGUGGUUCGCAAGAGGUGCAAAGACAGAGCCAGGCAGUGUCACUUAACUUUCCGUCUCCAGGCCAGGCCGCGCCUUGCUCAAGCGCUGCAUACCAGUUCUCCGCAGGAGCAGCAAGUUCAGGAGAUGCAAGCUGGAGCACCUCAACAGCGUCACCAGGUGGAGCCGGCGAGGCGUCCGCAGCAACAGCAGAGGAAGAUGGAGCAGGCGGGGUUUCCGCAGCAGCAGGAGCAGCAGAAGCGGCAACAGCUGGCCUUCAGCCUUCCUGGGUUUUCAGGCAUCCGUUUGUCCAAUUGCCUGUUUUGCUUGAGGGAGUGGCGACGCCGCUCAUUCGGCUGUCGCCUUCGAAUUUUGAAACAAUCAGCACCUUGUCAGUCCAUGACACUUUGCUUUCGCUUCGUUACAUGUUCAUGAGGCAAGCGCUGAACGACGUUGAGGCUGGCUUUCUUGCGGGGUACGUCCAGCAACUUGCCGUUGCGUCGGCCGCUCGUGCGCGGGCUGCCAAACGGAUGGCCCGCGCCGGACAUGGUGUGGUGAACAUCGGGCAACAGUUUUUGGUUUUAGACGCCAUUGUCUCAGCAAUGUACGUCCUAGGGGAGUCGCCGCCUUCUUGCACGUGGUGGAAGGCCUUUAUCGAAUGCUUCGAUACGGGCUACCGGUACAGCGGACCAGGGCAUCGCACUACAGAGAGUGGCAUCGUCAACAUCGACGUCGCCAAUCGUAUGUUGGCCUGCAUGUCCGCCUACAAAGCAGGAAAGCGGCCACAGCUUGAGGAGAUUAUAGAUCUGAAGCUGAUCCUCUUCUUUUCGCCUCACAUGCCUAUUCGGUUCAAAAGCGCCAAGUGGGACCCGUGGCGGCAAGACCAUUUGCUGUUUCAAAAGGAAAAUCCGGCGGUAUCUGAAUGGCUGAUGAAGCGACUGCGCACGGUGUCCUAA